AGCUGCUGACGAGUGACGUAGACGUAAAGCUAACGAGCCAGCCUAGCGUGGCGUACGCGGUAAUGGAGACGCAAACGCACACCGGAACGGAGGUUUUUGUUUGCUCCCCGGGCCGCUUGAAGUUCUCCAACUGUGUUUUCCCACAAGGUUCUUCGGUUCGAGAUGUUCUGCAGCGGUUUGUCCAACAAUGGGCUACGUCGCCGCACGACUUCUACGUCAGCAGAGACGCUCGCCUGUGCCGCCUCGACGAGCGCCUGCGGGGCGGCGCCGUCUACCGCCUGGUGCCGCGCCUCCUCGGAGGCAAAGGAGGGUUCGGCUCCAUGCUGCGUGCGCUCGGCGCUCAGAUCGAGAAGACGACCAAUCGCGAGGCCUGCCGAGAUUUGAGCGGACGCCGGCUGCGGGACGUCAACCACGAGAAAGAGAUGGGCGAGUGGCUGAAGCAGCAAGCGGAUCGGGAGGCGGAGAAAGAGCAGCGGCGCGCUGAGCGUCUGCAGAGGAAAAUGGCCGAACCCAAGCAUCAGUUCAGCGACCCCGCCUACCAGCAGCAGUGCCACCGCUUGGCCGAGAGACUCGAGGACUCUGUGCUCAAAGGUCUUCAGGCGGCGUCCGCUUCUCAGGCGACGGCGGCCCCGAAGAGACCCGGCCCCGCCCGCCGCCGGCCUCCGCUCAAGAAGCGGAAGACGGCAGGGGCCUGUUCUUGGUCCGGCGUGGACGAUCUGAGCUCAGAUGAAGAUGACGAUGACGACGAAACGUCUUCGGACGCCGUGACGGGACGGGAGGCGGAGCGACCCGCGACGAGCGACAGGACGCCGACCUCGGCCCCCCGGGAGGAAGUGCGAGCGGAGAAGACCCCGCCCCCUGCCCAGGAGAAGGGCGUGGCCCCCCGCGGCCCACCCGGCUUACAACGCGACGACGCGGCGGAGUCCCAUUUGCGGCUUCUGAAACCGGAUCGCGAGCGCGGCGACGCGCUGAGCCAAGACUGAAGGACGAGACCGACGGAGAGCGAAGAGGGGAAGCGUCCUGCUUGUCUCACAACGUGACAGAUUUUUUUUUGUUUUUUUUUUUUUGUUCCUUUUUAAUUUGAACAAUCAGAAUCCAGGGUCCCAGGAGGUGACCAGCGGC